CGUAGCGAGACGAGCCUUUCUGGGGAACUAAGAUUACUGAUGAGCAAGAACUGCAACCGCGCGGAUUCCUCACUUUGAAGAGGCAUCGGACCGUUGUUGCCGGCAAUGCUUGCCACAACUGGUUGAUACCGGUACGCAUAAUUGGAACCCACCACCCAACCCUGAAGCGGUUCGCCACGAAGGCUUGCUGUUUGAUUUUUGUGAAGCAUCGUAAAAGAUUCUCGCCUGAACCGCGCUGGCUAUUCUUUUCAAGGGUUUGCAGCGAGCCCGGCUGCAAGAUGAAGAAGGUCUUCUCAGGUAACUCCCGAGUGGUGAGUGUUGCUGGAAUAAUUUGCAGCAUACGGACACCCAUGUGAACAGCAGUCGCACUGCUGCAGAUAGUGACAUCACGACCGAGCACACUGCACUGGCAGUAUGUGAAAAAAUCAUCCACAGAUCUUUUGACCGCCCUUCUUAAGAACAAUUGACACACACAAGUAUGGAUCCCUGGAUCUUCACUGUACUUGCAGUUCUACUUGUGACCACUGUCCAUUGUCUGAAUGAGACAGAAGAAAUCUUCUUGGAAGAAGAUGCGUCUGGAUCUGGUUCGGGAGUUGAGCCCAGGAGCCCAGACAUCGGCAGCGAGCUCCGACACUUUCUAGUCGGGAACUACGACAGCAGUGUCCGGUCGGUCCGCAAUGCAAGGCAGGCUACGGAAGUCAAGGUGGACGUGGCACUAAGGCAGGUCCUACGAUUGUCGGAGCGGGACCAAAUACUAACAACAGUGCUUUGGGUUAGACUGCUGUGGACAGACGAGUUUCUGAGGUGGUACCCAGAAGAACAUGGCGGCCAAAGUGUCAUCAGGAUCCCGUGUAAAGACAUCUGGCUUCCCGAUAUCUACUUAUACAACAACGCUGAUGAGAUUAGUACCGGGAAGCUUGGUCACCUGACAGACGUGAUUGUCCAAUCAAACGGGCUGGUGGAGUGGCCUCAGCCCCUGACGGCCAAGACGUCGUGUGACAUCAACACCAGAUUCUUCCCCUUCGAUCAUCAGCAGUGCGAGCUCCUGCUGGGUUCCUGGAGUUACGACGGCACACAAAUCAACUUCACUCAUCUGGUGCCUUACGGCGACACCUCUGACAUCAUAGAAAACGGGGAGUGGGAGUUGCUGAGUAUGUCUGUGUACAGAGAACUGAACUACUAUUCCUGCUGUAGUAACCCCUAUCCUAACGUUCGCUAUGUCAUGCGACUUCGCCGCAAAGCCGACUACUAUAUCUUCACAUACGUGCUUCCCUGCCUGUCAUGCCUGGUCAUUGUGCUGGGAGGAUUCUUCCUGCCUACGAACGCCGCCGUGCGGAUUCAGUUGGAAGUGACUUCACUGCUCGCACUCACAGUGUACCUGCUGAUGAUACAAGAGAACAUGCCACCUUCUUCUGGGGAUGUGUCGAUUCUAGGAGAGUUUUACACAGGGUCCAUAAUCAUAGUGGGGAUGGCAACUCUCGCGACAGUCUGCGUGAUCAGAAUCCACGAGAGUGACGAGGAAGUUCCAAAUUGGCUGAAAAGACUCCUGGAGUCCCCCUUGCUGACCAGUGUGGUAGUGCAGGGGCAAAAGGAACAGGCUACGCCUACAAAAGUGCCGCCUACGUGUGAGAACACCCUCAAGUCUGCGAGCGAAGACAGUGUGAUGAACGCUCACACAAAUGGUCACGUGAUCUCUGGCGAAGGUCUCGCGUUGCGCUGCGAGAACGGCUCCGCGAAGGGAGACUGUCAAAAUGGCGACUGCCAAACCCCGGACGACCCGGAUCGAGAUAUCCCCGACACUUGUAGCACUGCCACGCCCGAGCCCGACGACAACGCCGCGAACAAAGCACGACAGACCGACGACAAACUGGCGAAUGUGUUGUCGUUGCUGGAGGCACAUCUAGAGGCCAAGAAGACCAAUCGAGUCAGGAAAAAGCUGUGGCAUAAGACUGCGAUUUGGAUGAACCGGAUCCUGUGGCUGUGCCUCCUCGUGUCCAGUAUCUCUUCAUCCAUCGCCAUCUUUUAUCCGGCCGUUAAACAGUACAACCGCUGAUAUCUAUGGAAACGAGUCGAAAAUAAACCCUUUCAUGGAGCGAAUUGCGCAUUCGAAGGUCAAAACUGAAAGCGCCUGAGACAUAUUCAUGACACGCCUUUACAUUAUUAUGCCAACGAAAGAAAAGAGCCAGAUCUAGAGCAUGGUCGAGACAUUGGGUCUUUACCUUAGACCUAUGCAUGAGCGGUUGUUUCUCUGAAAUGGCUCAUUUACUCUAUAUCAUUGCCUUGUGCUAAAUGUUAUCUUUGCAAAAUGUACAGUUAUGGGAUCUAUGUAAAGAUAUUUUAGCAUGCAUAUUACAUGUCAUUAGACGUCUGGACGUAGUGACAUUUGUAUUUCUAUUACCUAGAACUAUUUGCACAUUCGACAGCAGAAUGUUUGCCUACUCUUGAAACUGUUUUCAGCCAAGUGAAAAACUAAUCAGCCCUGUUUAGUUUUGUAAUAGCACAAGACUAAUUGUUGAAUUUUCAGGGUUUUUUUUACAUAUCAAAAAAUGGAUAUGGUCUGACAGGGGAUGAAGAUUCUAAUCUAUACUGUCGUGCAAUAAUCUUGGAUGAUGCAAUUAACCUUCGGCAAGGGAAGAAAAUAGGCAAAUCGGAAGAACUGACCAUACUUAAUAAUAUAUCAUGUUGUCAUGAAAUAUGUACCAAUGGAAUACAUUAUAUACAGGAAUUCAUGGUAUUGAGGUGAUGAAAACGUACUAUUUAGAGGUAAAUUUUGAGAUAUGUACCUUGCUUGUCACUGUUGGGAAAAAACGAAGUUACCGAAAAAAUACUAGUAAUUUCACUGACAGGAGAUGUAAAGAAUGUCAAUUCAUCUCCUACAAUUAAGCAAAAUGUUCAUUAAAUCAUUGCUAGCUCCUGUCAAUGUGGCGCUCACAAGUAUCACGAGACAAAAGGGUUGCUAAAAGGAAACUUGAAAUGCAAAAUGUACCCACUGUACCAUACAUUAGAUAAUAUUGCACACCUGUUUGCACACCAUGUAUUGUAUGACUUGUAUGUACGUGGGGUUUUCUGCGCAUGUACCCUCGCGAUGCAUCGUGAUCUAGGUCAAAGGUUAAGGUCAAUAAAAUAUAGCGUAUUUAGACAUUUUGCAACGCGUUUACGGGAAAGAAUCGUUUUCAGUGAUUUAUGUUCUGUAAGACAGCAAAACAUUGUCAAAAUGUCAGGACAGGUGGGUAUCCUAGAUAACCUUGAACUUUGACCUGAACAACAAUGCAGCACGAUUUUACAUGCUUCCUCUGAACUGUGAUAUGGCUUAUCACUAUAGUACAGUGACCUUGGUCAUCACGAACGCUUUGCCUUCGUAGAUUUAGUCUGAAUGAGGACGUUCUAACCACAGGAUUUAAAUAAGGACAUUCUUAUCACAAGAAAGAGCAACAAUUAUGAAGGACAACAAGUCUCUGAGUAUGUAUAUACACGUCACAUAAUAUUGUGCUGUGUUCUAACGAAUCCGAAUGGUUGAAAGAUAAGUACAAAUCUACGUGAUGUAUGUAAGACUUAUAGCAUUACGCAAGUGCUUCUCAUAAUAAGGUUCGGUGUUUCAAUAUCAAUGCAUACUUAACGCCAGUGAAAGUGCUAUAAUUGAAUUUACUUGGCAUGUAAUGAUGUCAUGGCAUGUGUAUGCUAAGGUACCCAAUGAAUGAAGGUAAAAAUAAGAUAAGAAAGGUAAAUCUAACUUUUCUAACUAAUUUCAAUCAACUAUUUCAGCAGGCCUGAUCAGUCGUUCUCUUUACCUUCCGCAAACGCAAAUGGCCGAGGUACGUAAUUCUAUAUUGUUUACUCAAACUAUGCUAAAAAGGGAGAAUGCAUUAAUUGAUGUACAUUAUGCAAUUUUUUUCUAAAUUUCCAUUUGAAAAUCGAUAAUUUUGAAUUGAGGCUAUAAUUUAUGUACUUUAGCCAGAAGACGAAUGCUUGAGCACUUGAUUUGUUUUGAACCACAUAAAGAAAUCUGAUCCAUCUCCAGCCUCGAUUUCAUGAAAUCUCACGCACGUUUACGCCGGUAAAAUCCGCUCUCGCGAGAGCAUGUUUUGAAAUGGCACUUGUAUCUAGAAAUGGUAAAAAGUGAGUUCUUACUUAUCCGUACAAUUUUGUAUUUUGAAAGUCGUCAGUUAAGGCUUUGAUAUGAAAACGUAUAAUGAUGGUAUAUGUUAUAAACAAGAUAGGUAAGAUAAAACUAUAUACAACAUUCACUGAUGUCGAAUUUCUAAAAUGUUUUCAAAUUAUUUAACCCUAUUCAGACAGGCUUGUGAGGCCUGCGCCAAAUUCUAUGCCGCCGUAUAAUGUAUGAACGGCUCACGCUAGAGCCAAAAGUUAAGUGACUUUUCGUAAACUUUGAUUAGCGACAAUUUCACAAAGUUUCGAAAAUUUUCCAUUUUUUGCUUUGCCAUGGCAACUAUUGUUCACUGGCAUUUUUUUUAAUGAAAAUCGAUAAUUUCCUUUCUAACAAUAUAUCUUCUUACGUUUAUUUGCUUGAUUACAGCUAUAGUUUUUAAAUACAUAAAAUAUAAUUUAUGUCAUAAUAUCGUAAAAUAUCUUAAAAUGUUUGAAUAUUGUCUACAUCAUUCUCUGAAAAGUCUUACUGGUCCCUGGUUGAUCGGAAUCGAUCGGUCUGAAUAGGGUUAAAUCAUAUUUGUAUAUGUCACCGAAUACCACAAUGAGUCAUCGAUCUUGUGGUAGGUAUAACAAAGGUGUUAUUGGCAAUUAAAAAAUAUGCUAUAUACAAAUCAACACAUGUUACACUUAAAGGACACUGCAUGUAAGUGAGUGUGGUGGUUGCAAUCUUGCACGAUCUUGCAGUUGUUCGAAUGAACACAAAUUGAGUACCUGUGUAUAUUUUGAAGUUAAACUGUGAAUAUUAAAUAUCUAUUUACCGAU